AUGCUCUCUUUCGGUGUGGAAGGUACUCACAUCUUUACCUCUUUAUCUUUAUCUUUACCUCUUUACCUCUUUUUACCUAAUAAUAAAGCAAAUUGGGUUUCUGUCGUACGUCAUUAAAAUUACCCUCGAAAUUGCCACAAAUUACCCACUAUGCCACCCAUAAGUUAAAAAGAACGUUUCUGCAUUCGCCUCGGCUUUGAUUGAUAAGAAGUGACACCCUUCUAUAAUAACAUCUAACAUACCUAGUUUGCUGUCUGGAGACAACGGAUUUUACUUGGGAGACCAAGGUUCGACCCUCUCCCACUGCCCUUUUUCCUUCUUUUUUCUUUCUUUUCUUUGGCUACACCGCUCAUUAAUAAGAAGUCAUCCCCUCACACGAUAUGAUUAUACAUACGUGAUUGAUUGGUUGGAGCCUAAAUCUAUCAACUAUGAGACCCAGGUUUGAAUCUUGUUCCACCCAUCUUCUCUCUUUGUUUGACUUUUAUUUUUUGAGAUUCAAGCAUUUCAAAUAUAUUCAUACCUUUCAAACCGUACCUCCAAAUCUAACUCGUUAUUCCUUCUUUUUUCUUUCUUUUCUUUGGCUACACCGCUCAUUAAUAAGAAGUCAUCCCCUCACACGAUAUGAUUAUACUUACGUGAUUGAUUGGUUGGAGCCUAAAUCUAUCAACUAUGAGACCCAGAUGUUGCAGGUAACUCUGGUGAGAAUGAGGGGAGUAAGAAGGCUAAGAAGAAGAUUAAGAAGAAAGGGAAUCUAUGUGGCUUUAAGUCAAGGUUUAACUCAAAAAGGCUGGCUCAGAUUGGGAAGAAAAUAUCACCAGAAAAACAGAGAAUCAUAAGGGAGGGACCGUUUGGAGACUUGUUGGACAUCCGGUCUUUCAAGGUGCCCCAUGAGCUCAUUGAGUUUGUUGCGAUGAACACGAAUCACGUACUCUCUGAGUUCAAACACAAGAACAAAUCUAUCACCUUCAGCAAGCUUAUGGUGAAAAGGAUUUUCAACGUGCCAUCCGGUGAUAGACCCGUGAAGCUUCUAAAGAAGAGUGAUGAACAUGAUCUUCGCAGCAUCUACAAGGAGGGGAAUAGGGCUCCAAUCGCCCAUGUUGUCAAGUUGCUCACUAGUUGCAGUGAGGAGGACGUGGUUAUGAUAAAUAGGACUUGGGCACUCCUUGCGAUGGCAACAGUUUUGUGCCCAGGCACGGGCAAUAUGGUGAAUCUCGAGUAUCUUGCUUCCCUCGAAGAUAUGUCUUUGGUGCAUGAAUUCGCUUGGGAUGAGCACUUGUUGGCACGAGCUAUGGAGGAGGUUGGAGUCUUUCAAGAGAAGAAGAGGAUGCAAGCAAACAUAGAAAAAGAGUUUCAGAUUGCUUCAUGCCUUCCCAUGUUAGCGAUCAUAUACAUGGAUCAUGUUGAUAUCCCGGUUGGCCUCCCAAAUGAGCAUGCUAUUGAUUAUUCCGUGCCAAGGAUAAGUUUUGUUUGCCAAAAGGAUUUUGAGUGGUUGGAUAAAGUUGACAAAAACAAGCUCACUCUUGUCCAACCUUUCUACGGGAAACACACCCAUAUCCGGAGUUUGUGCAACACCCCCUAUGCAACACAACUUGUGGGACAGGAAGUUGGUGCUGAAGCAGCUACUGAGAAGGGAGUUGGUGCUGAAGCACCUAGUGGCCAAGGCAGCCAAAUUCAAGGUGCUGAAAUUCAAGCAAAGGACUCUCAAUCAAAUGAGGCUCAACAAAAUGUUGAUGCUGAACCACACCUAUCAUCAUCGCUCAACGAUUGGCUGCAGCAAUCAUUCCCUAGCAUGCAAGAUCUAAGGGUACCAACUCAGUUUCAAAUGCUUUACGACAAGCACAAGGGUAUUUUUGCAUCGGAGGUGGAUGAUGUUGUUGGCAUGUUUGGACAGUGUUUAAAGGGAUUGCAGUGCAACCGGAUGGCAGCCCUCCUUCGUGAUGUUGGAGACGCCAUCACAGCUACCAGUGAGCCCAACUUCUCCUUUGAAGCACCUAUCAUGGACGAAUGUCGCGGAAAAGAGAAUGAUGCUAAAGCUGCAAAUGCUGGCAUUGGUGCUCAAGCUCAAGCUGAAGGUACAACACCUAGCAUUAACAAGGAUGAAGUCACCGGAUUGAAGCAACAAGUUGCAACCGAGGCUGCUGAAACUCCUGAGCAACAACGAGUGAGUUUCGAGAUGGAAGGCAACGUCUCACCUCACAGCCCCCCACUCUUCUAUGAUGCACCCAGGAGUGUGACAGCCGGCAUUUGGGACGACGAGCCAUCCAGUGAGUUGUUCCCAAAGGACUCCGAAGAGUACGAGAUGAUGCAUUGCACGGAUGAGCCUAUAACCAAGAAGAGCGCAGUCAGCCCCAUAUUUGAAAACAUCCCCGUGUUCACUGUUUCAGACGAUGAUGACAGCCCAACUCCUAAGAUGGUCACUACAGCAGAGCAAAUUGUUGAUGCAAGCAGUGGCCCUAGUACACAUGACAAGAACACUAGGAAGAAGAGGAUGGCCAAAGUUCCAGCCGUAAAAAAUACCAAGGCAAAGAAGCAAAAGGUCGAUGCAGCUGCAGCCACGUAUGAGAAGUAUGUAAAGCAUGGGAAACCAUUGAGAAGAUCACAUGCCAAUGAACAAGUGACACCUUUCAUAAAGAUAGGUGGAUUUUACAUUGGAUACAAGAAAUUCCUGGUAUGCUUCAAGCCUCGCGGGGAUAUGAAUGAUGAGGUUAUGUCCCUAUGUAUCGAGAUGAACAACGUAGCAUCCCGUGCAGCAAGUGGUACUAAUCUGAAGAAAUACAUGUUCUCAGUCCACGCGGGGAUCUUACUAAAACAAGACCCAACAACCUUCCAACCAGCAAAACUCAUACCCGAGCUUGAAAGGGUUGUGACAAAGUUCAAGGCGAAUAAAUAUGACCUCCUUUUUGUCACAAUUGUUCAUGAAAAGCAUUGGAUAAUUGUUUGCGCAAACUUGCUAUACAAGCAGUGGAAUGUAUUUGACUCAAUCCAUUCAAAAGGAAAACAAUCUCCUUUGAAGAAGCAGGCCAAUAACCUGAUCACAAACUUUGCAGCCCUCGCACAAGAGUACAGCCAAUUCAAUGUCAAUGUUGGAUCCUUCGCCCGUGUUGACCUAGAGGAUUACCCAAAGCAAGAUAAUCUAUGUGAUUGUGGCUUUUUCGGGCUCAAAUAUGUGGAGAACUUUGAUGGGAAGUCAAUGAAAGAGUUCAAUCAGGAAGAUGUGGCGCAAUACCGCAUGGAUGUGGCACACAACCUUUGCACUCACCCAAUGAACAAUGCCCCAAUGGAGUGGGCAUUCAAGGAAGAGUUGUCGGCUUAA